AUUGAAAUGGUGGAACAAGAAGUUCCUUACUGGAAUGAAACUUCUGUCUGGGCUCAACUCCUGACAGGCACAGGAGGGACCCCAAAGCUGCGGCAGCCCAACCUCUUCUCACCUUUGCUGCGGGACUUCCUGAGCUGCUGCCUGCAGACAGACGAGGCACAGCGCUGGUCUGCCAAAGAGCUCCUGCAGCAUCCGUUUGUAACAUCAGCCAAGCCAGCGUCAACACUGGCACCACUCAUCAUUUCAACGAAGAAGAAGAAGACAAGAAUGUAACGAUCGUGUCAAGAUAUUAACUCUGCAAUCCUCAUAGAGUAGGAUUGUAGAAAAGGAUUGUGGAUUAGGAUUGUAGAGCAGGAUUAUAAAUAAAUAAAGUUUCUCAAACCUCAACUCA